GCUAUGCUAUGUUACGCUAGUUGGUUGACUUUCAACAGCUGACGGGACCCGACGUGUUUCCGCGCACGUCUGCGGUAAACUUGUUUAGAACAGUUUAACGAAGCAAAAAUAACAUGAAUUUAGUCAGAUCCCGACUUUCCUUUGGAAACCUCUUGGGUCAGCGGUGCAGACGCGCCACAGAAACAUGGAGCUACAGAGGGAUGUGCAAUAAACCACAGGAGGUCAAAACAGACCCGCCACCUGCAGCUCCAGCGCAAGCAUCUCCUCGUCUCGGCUUCAAGAUCCCAGGCUACAGACCCUCUCAGCUGGACAAGAAGAUUCUGGUGUGGUCGGGACGCUACAAAGGAGCAGAGGAGAUACCAGAGUUUGUGUCGUUUGAAACGCUGGAUGUUGCCAGAAACAGAGUCAGAGUAAAAGCCUGCUAUGCGAUGAUGGCGGCAACAAUAGGCGGCUGUUUGUUGAUGAUCAUCCUGGGUAAACGUGCUGCGAGCAGACAUGAGUCCCUGUCGGAUCAGAAUAUGAAGAAGAAGGCUAAAUGGAGAGAGGAGCUACAGAGAGAGCAGGAAGCUGCUGUUGUCCUGUCUGACAAGGCUCAGUGAUGGACAAUAAACAAAAAGACACAGCAGGGUACCUCUCCUCGCUGAUUAUGUAUCACCACCAAAAGUCAAUCUAGUGCUUUCCUUGAGUGACUAAAACAGCCUGACACUGUAUAAUAUAUAAUUAUUUGGUAAUCUGUGACACAAGUUACAGAAACUAUUACCUCUAGAAAAUGAACCUUAAAUAUGGAAGGUUUUUAAAGCAGGCAUCUGACACAGGUUUCAUUGUAACGUCAAGAAGGCCCCAUUUUGUUCAUGUGAUGUCUGCGUUUGUACGAGUCGAUUAAAGUCAUCUUUUUUGAUCAUCUGAUUGAAUGAGGACAAUGAAGGCGCUUCACUCCAUGUUUGAUGGGAUGCCUUUUAUGCAAAUGUCAGAACAGGGAAGAAUCGCACAAACUCAAUACUACAGCGGUGAACAGUGUUGGAGCUAGCCAUCUCUUCCACAGACUGUGACAAAAGUAAGCAAUGUAAAGAGGACUAGGUGAACAUUCAGAUUAGUUAACUAAAGGCGAUCACCAGGGUUUUCAAGUUUCAUCUGGAGUCUUGCUGAAAUUGACUGGAUUCAUGAUGAAGAUUUAUGGCACAAUAGGCAAUGUGACAUAAACUCAACAUUUGAAAAAGGAAACUAUUCAGACCCAAAAGCUGAACUGAGUGAAAAGAUUUGGCAUGAUCAUAUGAGAAAAUACUAUCGUAGAAACAUGGGUCAGGACGCCAUGUUGUGGACAAUGUCGCCAAUUGUUAGAAACGUCAGUGUGUUUCUUGUAGCUCUGCUUGGAAGUAGUGUGCUAACACUUGUAGUCCCCUAUGUGCUGGAGUCCCUUUUGUUGGAGGGGUUAUCUGAAGCAAUCCUCGUGUCCUGAGAGGGGAAGAGCAGUGUCAUCAAGCAGUUAAAUAGUAAAUGUAAAAACAAAAAUAUCUGUCCUCAACGAGAAGGCGUCAGUCCUCAACUAAAGUGCUGUGAAAUGAAAUGAUGGUAGUAAAAAUCCCCACUGGUCUGCUUUCUGGACAGUCUGCAGGGUUUUAUUAGUCUUGUCCAGUUGUCUCAGUGCGAGGGAAGACUGCAAUUUUCCCAUGCGUCCAUGGGAAUAUUCAUGUCACACCAGAGGCAGUCCUAACUUGUCUUCAGGAUGGAGCAUGAGCAGCUGGAGGAGUCUCAGGACUGGGGCAGACAAAGCCACGCGUAGUAUGAAAUCCAGCAGCCAGGUUUGUCGCUGGCAAGCUCCUCCUCUCAGCGACACCGGCCACUUCCUAAUUUGUCCAUCCACAGCUGAGAGAGUGCAAGAUCUGCUCCAUGUUUGUCAUCUUAAGUGCCGUUCCUAUCGGUCGCUUGAGUCCUUGGGUUGGGUAGUUCAGUCCAGUGGCCACUAUCAAAUGUGGCCAACGUUUGACAGUCAGUCCAGUGUCUAGGUGAGCUUGUUCCCGUCUACCUGUUUGUGGGCAAGAAGGUCAACAUGUUGGAGCUGUGCAGUCCUACCAUUUCCCCCACUAAGAGCUUCGUGGCCUUUUUGUCAAAUCCAAAAAGUAAGACUGUGGCACUGCAGGAUAUGUUUUAGGGAGUUCAGGUGAUUAGGAACGGGACGCACACAGGUGAGCUCAACAAUGAGUGGAACCUUCACCAGCCGCCCAACAGGACAGCAGAACUUGACCCACGCUCAUGUACGCCCACACGCUCCAGUAAAUUGUCAUUUACGUAAUUACGAUCAAAUCAAUCUCUCUUGACAAUGAGGAGGCGGGGGGGAACAAGGCGAGCCUGGGGUUGCUGACGGCUGCCCCUCGACCAUGGCGGCGGUGGCGGGCAGAGAAAUGAGCUGAGGAUGAAGGUGGGAGCGCAUAUUGAACAUUAUAGUUGGAAGCCUUCCAUGGGCGCCUCGCACUGCUGGAAGAGGAACUGCUGCUGCUGCAGAUCCACGGCCGGAGCUAGAGACACGUCCUCGUCCUCCGUGUUGAAGUAACGCUCAAUCAAGUCGUACGCUUUCUGGUAGAUGUCCUGGUUCUUGUGGCCCUGCAGGAACUCCAGCUUCUCCAGACCUGAAAGAUGGUAAGUAGGACAAUUAUUACCACAAAAUGUCCUUUUAACAUUUAAUUAGUUUGCAGCCUUGUGGGAAACUAUCUGUGGUGUUGGAUUGCUGGGGGCAUCAUCGUCUAAUUUACAUAAUUGGCCAUGACCCAAAACUCCGACAAGCGUGUAGAUUUUCAAAAACCGAUUCAGUGUUUGUGUGUGGACGGGUAAAACUUGAGCUUUUUAGUUUGUUUCAAGAAAUGUGCAACAUUAUCAUGUUUUUAAACCUUAUUUAACAAGAGAAGAUGAAAUUAUGGACCUACAGAUUUCAUUUACUUUCAUCCUAAGAACACGCACGGGUGAUUUAUAAAAACAUUCAUGGUGGAUCCUGGGCUGACUUUAAAGAUAAUAUACUUUAAAGAUAAUGUCAUUGUACAUAUUUCACAAUAUUGAUCAGCAGAUGUUAUAAUGCGCAACUAAUUCAUA